GACGCACCGGAAGUGUCAUGAGGCGCUGGGUGGGAGCGCUGCGGGCCGCCGCCACCGUCGCCUCAGGGCCGUGCUUGGAGUCCGGCGGGUUCCGCACCCGCUUCGAUUUCGGCAGCCGCGAUGCGGCCUCCUGGUUCCCUGGGCACAUGGCCAAAGGGCUGCGGCAGAUGCGGGCCUCCCUGCGGCGUGCCGACUGCCUCGUCGAAGUGCACGACGCUCGCAUCCCACUGUCAGGCCGUAAUCCUGUGCUGCAGGAGGUGCUGGGCAUCCGCCCGCAUCUUUUGGUGCUGAACAAGAUGGACCUGGCUGACCCACGCCAGCAGUCAAGAGUCCUGGAGCAACUGAGGCAGCAGGGAUGCUUGCAUGUUGUCUUCACUGAUUGUCAGCGGGACAGCAAUGUCAAGAAGAUUGUGCCCCUGGUUGCCAAGCUAGUCAACAGCAGCCCACGCUACCACCGGGCUGAGAGUACUGAGUACAGCAUCAUGGUGAUCGGUGUGCCCAACGUAGGCAAGUCAUCGCUUAUCAACUCUUUGCGGAGGUUGCACCUCAAAAAGGGAAAAGCCACAGCAGUGGGCGGUGAGCCAGGUGUCACCAAGGCGGUGCUGACCCGGAUCCAGGUGUGCGAGACUCCCCUGGUGUAUCUGGUGGACACGCCAGGUGUGCUGCCCCCAAAGUUGGCCGAUGUGGAGACGGGGAUGAAGCUGGCAUUGUGUGGAGCGAUCCGUGACCACUUGGUGGGUGAGGACAUCAUGGCUGACUACCUGCUGUAUGUACUGAACCAGCAGCAGCAGUUUGGGUACAUGGAGCUCUAUGGACUGCCCGAGGCCAGUGACAACAUCAGGCAUGUGCUGAAGUAUGUUGCGGUCGCCCUGGGCAAGACGCAGAAGGUGAAGGUGCUGACAGGCACAGGGAAUGUCAACAUGACGAUGCUCGACUACUCGGCUGCUGCCUAUGAGUUCCUGCGGGCCUUCCGUGCUGGGCGCCUGGGUAGACUGACACUGGACUGAGGGUCCUGGAGUAGAGCAGGACAUCCCACAUCUCCGCCAGCUCCAGGUGGUGGUUUGGUGUGAUUAAAGCUGCUUUGUUCCUGGA